AUGCUGAUCGAUGGUGAGAAGUGGGCUUGUGAAGCUUGCGUCCGGGGUCACCGGGUCAGCAGUUGUCACCACAGUGACCGCCCCCUGACCCACAUCAACAAAAAAGGCCGUCCAGUCUCUCAAUGCACUCACUGCCGCGGCCUACGCAAGUCUCGAACAACCCACGUGAAGUGCGAUUGUGGCGAGAAGAAGAAGAAAUCCGACAUGUUUGACUGCCAUGCGGGAGAGAAGCGAGAUUUGAAGCAGGACGCACUUCACCGCUGUGGCUGCAGUCAUGGCCAGCGCUGCACGUGUGCGCUGAAAAAGGAAUCCCAUCUAGAUACCGUUCCCGAGACUGGUCUGCCUUUGUCUCAGCCGUCGGGUCCCGUUAAACCCCAUCUCACCUCGACCAAGUCCGAGUCGACGUUGACAAUUUUCCGAGAUGGGCACCACAAGCCCGCCCACAAGCACAAUGACAUGGCUCACAAGUGCGGUUUGCCUUACACUAUCCCCCGAUCGCACACCAUCCACCACCCGUCCGACGUACCCCGUCGAUCUGCGGACCAUCUGCCCUUGACACAAUCAGCGUUUGUCAAUGAGCCCCUCGCGCUGUCGAUGGACUCGCAACCCCAAUCGCAGCAGCCGUCGCAGCAAGGUUCUCCACACAGCGCGCCCGCCGCCGGUGGCGAGGAGAUCGCGACGACUGCCCCUCUCGACCAGUCGUUCCUGGAUCACUACGCUUCUACCUCGCUCGACCAUCCCCGCGAUUCGAAACCGACCUCCGCCCCGGCCAACAUGGAUGAGCGGCCGCUGGAGCAGAUCAUCACGAGCGUACCGCCCCCUCUCGAUGUUUCGACCUUCACCUCGUUCCCCAACACCUCGAGCAACUCGCCGAUUACAUGCAUGGCGUUCCAGGAUCCCUACCAAGAACCAUACUUUGCGUCCCCCGACUCGGAACUGCCCUUGGGCUCUGCGGGACUGGGCGCUCCCUCCGUCGACUGGUCGAGUUUCCCUCUGUACUCUUCGGACGUGCCAGCGGCGACAAGUACGCAGACGCCGUCAUACGCCAGCUUCGAUUACAACUCGUACCCGACCGGUCUGCCGCCGCCGUCCUCCUCCGGCGAGAUCUCCGAGGCCGACGAGUUUGGACCACUCCCGGGUCUGGGGCAUGCAGGCAACGGCGACAUGCACGAUCUCCACAGCGUGAGCGAAGCAUCGGACAUGGACCACCUCCGCGUCAGCUCUGCGUCCUCAUUGAUCGGGCUGCCACAAGCGCAGCUCCUGUCGUCAAAUGAUCUGGAGUCCAUCAACAUCGACGAUUUCCUCAAGUCGGCCAAUGAAUCCACCGCCGCGCUCGAGCACCAGCUGCAUGCUACCAUGGCGAUGGAACCCAAGUCCGUCCCCGCGCAGGACAUGUAUGCCGUGUCGUCGCAAUCGCCCAGCUACAACAACAAGCCCAUAUCGAACAGCAUGCCGUCGCCGCCGGACUCGGUUCCUCUGUGGACCAGUAAUCUGUUCGAUGCCGGCUCCACCCCGCCCAUGGACGAGAGUUACUUCCGGCAAUCGUGGGCGCAAUAG